ACCCUACAUCGUGUGAGUGCUUUUGCCACCUCUUGUUUUUUUGCCCAGAGAUGAAAUCCCAACAUUUACUGUGAAAUGAGUGGCCUUUUCAGCCACGUGAAAUCGAUUUUACUGGCUCAUGUACAUGAUGAGAGGGAGCGUCGAGCCAAUCACAGACCACAAAGGGCGGGGCUAAAUACUGUUUCUUCGCUGCUGAUGACGUCAACAGCAAUCAGCGGUCUCACUCGUUUAGCCGUACGACGUACAGGUCGACUCGGAGUUGGAACAAGAAGACAAUGGUCCUCAUCAAGGAGUACCGUGUGGUUUUACCUUGUAGCGUUGAGGAGUAUCAAGUUGGACAGUUGUUUUCUGUGGCUGAAGCAAGUAAAAAUGAAACGGGUGGUGGCGAGGGGAUAGAAGUAUUAAGAAAUGAGCCCUAUGAGAAGGAGGGAGAAAAAGGACAGUAUACACACAAAAUCUACCGUCUUAAAAGUCGAGUUCCAACGUUUAUUCAGCUAUUGGCACCAGAAAGCGCCUUUGUAUUCCAUGAAAAAGCCUGGAAUGCCUACCCCUACUGCAGAACUGGUGAGUGCUCUUCCCGUUGUUUGCUCUUCCUCUAUGCUUCCGACUAUUUUCUGAAUGAUUAUCUUGGCUCACAGUGCUCAUUGUAUUUUAAUGUGGCUAAUGUCAUGUUUCUUUUUUCCUCUCCUCCUGCCUAUCCAUGGUCAGAAGUGACGAAUGAAUAUAUGAAAGAUAAUUUCUUGAUCAAGAUUGAGACGUGGCAUAAACCUGACCUUGGAACACAAGAAAAUGUUCACAAGCUUGAUCGUUCAUCCUGGCAGCAAGUCACUGUUGUACCUAUUGACAUUGCUGACGGAAGUCAAGUGUGUGCCUCUGACUACAAGCAGGAUGAGGACCCUGCCAAGUUCAAGUCUGUUAAGACGGGAAGAGGACCACUUGGACCUUUCUGGAAGAAAGAGCUGGGUGCCAAGAACGACUGCCCUAGAAUGUGUGCCUACAAACUGGUCACGGUGAAGUUUAAAUGGUUCGGCCUUCAAACUAGAGUGGAGAACUUAAUUCAUGAGCAAGAAAAGAGGAUAUUCACCAACUUUCACCGUCAGCUUUUCUGUUGGAUUGACAAGUGGGUGGAGCUAACAAUGGAUGAUAUUCGGCGGAUGGAGGCAGAGACUCAGAAGGAGCUGGAUGAGCUCCGCAAAAAAGGUGACGUCAGAGGAACGAGUGCUGCAGACGAAUAAAGCGGCGGAGGAUUUCAAACUGCCACAAUAACAGCAGCAUUGGUGGCCGCUAGCAGGGCUUGUUUGUGUGGCACUUUUUUUUUUUUUUUAAAUUAAAGUUCCUACCUUUAAACAUUCAGGUUGUGGACAAGGUGUAGGGGGUCUCAUACAGUCAAUAGAGCAGAUUCCUAGCUUGCAUCCAAUUAUAAUCCUUCUAUCCACCGAGGAAUUGAUUUCUAAAAACGGACACAAUCUUCUUUUCUUUUAGUAGCCUCUGAGUGGCUAUGAAAGCAUCUUUUUUGAUCAAGAUGUGUUUCAUAAGAGCAAAAUUAGCCUCAUACCCACAUUGGCAUGUAUUGGACCAAAUAAUAACGGAUUUGUUUUACCCCCAAAACAUUCCUCCUGAGAUGAUAGCCCAUUCUAGCUUCUUGACAAUUUUAGCUGUAAACUCUCGCUCAACAGUUUGCAUUCCUUAGUAUGAGUGGAUGUGUGUUUCAUACUUUUUUUUUUUUUUUUUUUUCUUUCCCCCGGUUCCUCCACAACCACCAUUAAGAGAUUACUAUCGCCCUUUGCACCUCCGCCCAUUGUAAUCCUUCCAUCAAAAGCCAACCUACCGAAAGCACCGCAUCUUAUUAACACUGACAAUCAUGCCGGUGCAGGUCUGCAAAUGACAUCUACAUCAGGCACAAACCAACAUGCACACACUCACAGGUGCAAAUGCCUUUGCAGUGACUGAUCGUUUUGGGCGUAUUCACGCAACCGUGAUCAGCCAGGUGAUGUUAAUUUAGCGGAUGUGUUUUUCCACUUCCCGUGUCCAAUACACUCCCUGCUCACAAGACAUUCUUGAGUCACAUUAUAUUCACAUCCCCAAAAUGCACUGAAAAAAACAACCACCAAAGGUGCUAGUCCUCUUAAGCUUGGUGCUGCUUGGCCCACCUUACCCUGUCCACCACAGACGCCGCCUGCCUUUUUCAGCUGGUAGAGCAGACUGUUCAGCCAGCCUUUUGCUUUGUCAUUAUUCUCAGUGUUUACAUGAGUGCUUUACCAACGGCCAUCUCAAACCAGUGAUGCCCACAGCUUGCCUUAACCAUUGAGUUUUUGGACCUAAUCUACCUACUGUACCUCUGCAUCCAGCCGCUCGCUUUAGCUACCUCCUCCUUUAUUGGCUGACCAUUUCAAAAACCUAAAGGUUGACGCUUGCUAUUUCUGCAGCAGCUACAGAACUGUUUGGAGUCAGUGAUUGCAGGGCUUUGUAAUAUGUUUGUCAAAUGUAAUUUGAUAUAAUUUGUCUUGUUUUUGUGUUCUCUAAAUUUCCACUGUUUGAUGGACAUGCCAUAUUAGUCCAGAGUUUCAACUCCACAGUGCACUUUCAGUAUAGCCUUUAUAAUCAUAUGUUGACUAAAGGGCUAUCAUUUUGAAUCAAUACCAGUGUAACGUACACGUCAUAAUUGAUUCUUCCUUUCUUUCUUUUUUUUUUUCUCUGUGCAUUUGUAACCAUAAGGACCAUGGACGUUUCGAUUGUAUUACCCCUGUAGACUCCUCUCUCUGGUAUUAACAUUUCAUGCCAAAGAAUUUAAAUGCAUUUAUGAAUACACCAAUUAAGACAAAUAAACAACUUUGAAAUAGUUUGAUGACUUAACAAAAUAUUUUAAUUUUCCAUUAACCAUCUCCUGUUUCUUUGCUUUGUUAUAAUUUUCAAUUAAAGUUCAUUUUAGUUUUUUGCGAAAAUGCUAAUUUGGAGAGUUUGUGCCUUCUGUCCAUUGUACAUACAAAUGAUGACCCAUUUGCGUUCUGUGCUACCCAAAUGUCUGAGAAACUUUUGUCACCAAUGCAUAUAGUAUACGAUGUCCGUGUGUGUGUGUGUUCCAAACUCCUGCUGCGAAGUCUGACAGAAGGCUCACUGGCUAAAAUUAAAAUUUCAAUUUAAAAAUCGGUCAUAUCACUGAUGGAGGAAGGAAGUAUUAUUGUGCUAUACAGCUAUCCUUUCGUCCUAAAUGAUGGAAUUCAUAGCUAUAAAAAUAAUCACAUUUGCUUGAUUUCAGAUGUUUGUGGGCCAAUUUUGAUAAUUGGUAGACAUAGGAUUGAAUGUUUUUUGUGCCAUUUCUGCCUUUAAAUCCUUAAGUGUUACAUUAAAUAUACAUGUGAUCGAAAUAUUAAA